AAUUCAUAGUCCACUCGCCUGCGUCUUCAUGGUCUGGGAACAACCUUGAAUUUACCAAAAAGAAAACAAAAGAAAAAAAAAAUGUCUUUGAAUUCGAUUCUUUGGUGUCAUCUCAACCUGAUUCCUGUCAGUGCGUUGCUUUUUUGUUGUUGUUCUAUUGGUCUCUGCUCUGCAAACGAUGAACUUGGAGCCACUGAUGAUGUCUUCACUGUUUCCAGCUUCAGCUACCCUGAGACCACCAUUAGACCCUAUGAUUUGCGCUACAUCAGAGUUGAUAUACCUCCAUGGUUUUCUGCGGUGUCCAUAGCAUUGAACUCAGAUGUAGACCUUGAUAUUGCCAGAGUUGAAAGGAUUCCAAAAAGCUCACUGCCAAUAAUAUGCUUUAGAGAUGGCAGUCCUCCUCUUCCAGAUGCUUUAAACACAUCCUUGAAGGAUUCGGCUGCCACAGGAAUAAAUGGUCUUGAUGUCGAGCAGUGCUUUCCUAUGGAGAAAAACAUCACUAUGAAAUUGACAAACGAACAGAUAUCUCCAGGUGCUUGGUACAUUGGUCUUUUCAAUGGCAUUGGAGCUACAAGAACACAAUCGAAAAUGAUUAUUCGAGGCUCAGCAUACUCAUUCAGUGCCAAUAUAAGUGUGGAAGCAUGCUCAAAUUCAAUGAUGAGGGGAGAGUUAUGUAACAGUACAGUCUAUCCACUUUCAUGCACAGCAUCUGAUGUCUACAACACUAUGAAGGAGACGGUGAAGAAGCCAAUGAUGGAAAAUGUAAUGAGCUGCAAAAGUAACAUAGAAACGUUCUGUGUUCAAGAGGGUGUACCAGAAUUGUACUCCUUGGAGAUAACAAAUGUUGUAGAAGAAUUGACCAUUAUGGCCGCAAAUGUUAGAUUCAAUACUACAGCUUCAAAUAACAUUUCCGGAGCAAAUGAUUUUAAUUUAAUGUGUUUUGCUCGCCAUGGUGCUAUUCCUUCAGAGACUUUGCAUGAUUAUUCUGGUGAUUUAAAUAAAGCUCCUCUGAUUAUCCGUUAUCCACAGAUUGGUAAUUUGUACAUUAGUAUAUCACCAGUGAAUGUUACAAAAAAGUUUGGAGGGACUCUGGAUGACAAUUUAAAAGUUUGCUAUUCGAUGGAAUCACAAGUGCUUCAGUGCCCACUUGGGAAAGCUGGACCAAAUUGCACAAUGGACAGCUACACACUUCAGACAGUUCUAAGGAGAGGUCCAACCCCCUUUGAAUCAUAUUAUUUACCUGUGUCUGCUGGUGAAGGAGCAUCUUCUGCAAAUUUUCCUCUCGAGCCACUUUUAAACAAGUCAUCAAAUGCAGGAGAUACUGAUGAAAUUUGGACUUACUUUACUUUGGAUAUUCCUCGUGGUGCAGCUGGACGGAAUAUUCACAUUCGUCUGUCUGCAAAUGUGAAGAUCAAUUAUGAAGUUUAUGCUAAAUUUGGUGGAUUGCCUUCUCUUGAUAGCUGGGACUAUUAUUAUGCUAACAGGACAAGGAGGAGUGAACAAUCCAUGUUUUUCAUGCUAUAUGAUUCAAGUGAUGACAAAAUUGAUUUUUACAUUAUUUAUGCCAGAGAAGGAACUUGGGGUUUAGGUCUAAGACAUCUUGAUACUAGCAGUGAUUCUUUGAAAGCGCAAACUGUCAUGUCUAUUUCACUUGAAGGAUGCCCAAAAGAAUGCUCCUCUCAUGGAGACUGUAAAUAUUCUUUUGAUGCCAGUGGAUUGACAUCUUACAGCUUCUGCUCUUGUGAUCGAAACCAUGGUGGCUUUGACUGUAGCAUUGAAAUUGUAUCACAUAAAGGGCAUAUACUGCAAUCAAUUUUUCUCAUUGGAUCAAAUGCUGCAGCCAUUCUUCCUGCCUAUUGGUCUCUUCGGCAGAAGGCAUAUGCAGAAUGGAUUUUAUUCACGUCUAGUGGAAUUGCUAGUGGGAUAUAUCAUGCAUGUGACGUUGGCACCUGGUGUAUAUUGAACUUUAAUGUUUUACAGUUCAUGGACUUCUGGCUCUCUUUCAUGGCUGUGGUUAGCACUUUUGUAUAUCUAUCUACCAUUGACGAAGUUUAUAAGAGGGCAAUCCACACAGCUGUUGCCAUCCUUACUGCCCUCUUGGCUUCAACUAAGGCAACUAGAUCUUCCAAUAUUGUUCUUGUCAUUGUGAUUGGAGCUGCUGGUCUUCUAAUUGCAUGGUUGAUAGAAAUCUCAAAAAAGUAUAGGUCCCUCUCCUUUUCAUUUGAAUUAUCGCUGAGUUUCCUUCAAAGCUUGCAAACUAUAAAGCAAUGGUUUUGUAAUCUGGUCAAGACACUUUUGAGACGGUUUCGCUGGGGUUUUCUGUUGGUUGGUUUCAUUACAUUGGCCAUGGCAGGAAUGAGCUGGACAUUUGAAACCAGUGCAAACUAUUGGUUUUGGCAUAGCUUUUGGCAUGUUACAAUAUAUACAUCUUCUUUCCUCUUCCUUUGCUCAAAAGCAAAUAUUGUUGAUGCUGAAAAUUCACUCCCGGCAAGUGGAAACUAUGCACUGACUCGUCAGGAUUCUUUUCCAAGAGGUGAUUAGAACAUAUAUGGGAUUGGUGGGUGCAAAAAGGAAAGGGGUGGAUCUUUUGGAACUUAAUUUUUCACUAAUGUGACAUAAAAUUGUUAGGCUGGCAUUAUUGUGUAGGUGAAAGAUAUGGCUGCUGAGUAGAACUAGAAAUCAACAUAAGAGUGAAUUGUGAGGCCUAAGAUGUUAACAGGGAUCAACAAAGCAGUCUCUUGUACAUUCUUUUUCUCACAAGGUUUCCUUAUUUACAUUCA